UCGAUCGGCAUGGUGUUGCUUCACCAGCAUGUAUUCGCUUUUAGGGUAGUGCCGCCGCAGUCUUUUAAAGGUUAAGUUUUCUCGCACUUCUUUACUAACGCCAGCGUUGUCGUGCCGCUGCGUGCGCUUGGCUUCGGGACUCGUGCCGCAUUUACAGGUCAAUACAACCCAAGGCGGCCGACGACGUUACCAUUAACUCGGGCUACAGAUGGCAGAAAUGUCUGUACAAUGAACGAGAUGUGAAAGAAAUGCAUGAUAUGGAGACCAUAAGGACCCUUGCCGUCUACUUUGUUUCCAUUUACAAUACUCGCCUGAAUCGCUGUACUGCUGCGCGCAGCAUGGCAGUAACUUGCUCGAUACUUUGCUAAACCUUUCAUUCUGAAGCAUCAGAUUUUGGUGGGACAGCACAUGGUAAACGAGUUGAGCUUCGUUAACAUUAAACGCAGAUUUCUGAGGAAUUAUUUGCGUAAAUUUGGAGAGUAUUAUAUGCUCAAACAAUCAUAAUGCCAUUACAGCCGAUACUUACCCUCUGUAUAUGCCACCAGAACUAAAGUGAUAGCAACGUUGGGUUCAGUUGCUUCUGGUGCUUUUACUUUUUUUUGCAUGGCACAGUCUGCUGGGUAAUUUUAAAAGAAAUGUAAAGGGAUUUACACAUCUCGAUAAAUAUGGAAAUGCCCGAGCAUGCAGGACUUGUUUGCAGGGGAGCCUUUAAUAUGCAUGAGGUGGAAUAGUAUGUACCUCUCCACACAUUUCUAAGAUGUGUGCACUAAAAUGCAACUUUCUUUUCUAGGAAGGAAAGGCUACUCUGCACAAAAACCGGGUCCAGCAGGUCGAAAUGGCCCUACUAUACUGGCUGCUUCACAACCUGCUUGGGUCUUUGCCAAUGACCGAUGAAUUCCUGGUGGAGGAAAACAUCGAGGUGCCCGAGGUUACAGAGCUGGCUGAAGGCGGACAGGUGAUUGGGUUUUGGGAGGAUAGUUUGGCUUUCAAAGCCGAUGGUGACGUGGCAGAGCCAGCAGCUACUACUACAGCAAACAGAAAUGCCAUCCCUGAUCCAGCAUCCCCGCCUUCCUGCAGCGUUGAUGGCCCAGCAGGGGAUUUGAAUUCUAGUGCAGGCGAGGGUAAGAACAAUGAUGCAAGCGCUGCAAGCAAGCUUGCAACAGGUCGCAAGCGGCCGGCCACUGUUGUGCAGACGCUCCUAGCUAGGCACACCGAAGAAAUGUUACACGUCAGGAAGUCCGAGAAAAAAAGGCGCAAGCUAAUGAAGAAGUUCGUGCAGCUUCAAGCGAAAGCUAUUGGCAUCAAUGCUAGCAUGAUGCGUAUGAUGGCAAAAUAUUUCGAAUCAAGGACCAACGGUGAAUAA